AAUUCAUUUCGUUGAUGUUGUUUUUAACAUUGAUUUAUUAGACUUUCAGAUUGUACUCCACCAGAUGGCAGACAGACUGCUCAUUUUCGAGUAAUUUCUUGACUUUUCGUUUUAUUUACUUUUCCUUUUGAAGUAACUGAAUUUUUCUCGACUUUUCUCGUUAAUGUGGCGUUAGGUAUAUAAAGACCAGUCAAACUCAGGAUGUCAAUCGGAAAAGUUGUGAAAACUAACUGACCUAAGAAACGCUCUACACGCUUUAAACUCUCAAACUCUCAAACUUUUCAAUUUCUUAUUCUUGUGAUCAAUCUCAAGUUCUUGUUUUGUUUUGAAUUUUGAGUGUUCCUUAUUGAAAAGUUAAUUAUGGCUCUAAGCUCAUUCGUUUUCAGACCAAACAAUGAUUGGUGGGACCUCUGGAACUGGCCAGAGCGAAUUUUCGAUCAACACUUUGGUGUGGCUCUUAGUGACGAUGACUUUGUACCAUCCAGUUUGUCUCGUUACCAUGAUCGUCCCAUUAGCCGUCGUCUUUGGCGAGAUCGCAAAAGUGCGGUGAAAAGUGGAAUGUCCGAAGUGGUCAACACUAAGGAUAAAUUCCAAAUUAAUCUGGAUGUUUCCCAAUUUGCUCCAGAAGAGAUUAACGUAAAAGUGGUUGACAAUAAGAGUAUAACCAUUGAAGGUAAUCAUGAAGAGAAGCAAGAUGAUCAUGGUUUCAUCAGUCGACACUUCGUUCGCCGCUAUGUCUUGCCAAGAAAUUGCGAGGUCGAUAAAAUAGCUUCAUCUCUCAGCUCUAAUGGUGUUUUGUCUAUCUCGGCACCCAAAAAGGUUGUUGAAGCUAUUAAACCAAGCGAAAAAGUUAUUCCCAUUACAAUGGCAGCCCCAAUGGAAACAGAUGAUCAAGCUGUGCAGAAAAAAUAAAGACUCAUUAGUCGAAUUCCAUGCUUUAAUUGCAACAAAUCAUGUAAUUUUGUCACAAUUUUGAAGCCUCCGAUUACUCGAAACAUGUGAUUACCUCCAAUGUAUUUUUCACCAUCUCAAAGAUGUAACUGAUCUCAAUCAAAUUGAAAUAAAGGUCUUUUGAACUAUAA